GUUUUGUUGGUAUUGUAAAGCAUACUUGGUUCCAAAAGGUGCUAUAUAAGUUAAACUGAUUAUUAUUAUUAUUAUUAUAACAAUAACAAUAAUCAGUUUUACAUUAUUAUGACUUCAUUUUCUAUACUUUACAACUUUCUUCAGUUUACAGCCCCCUAGAGGUACAUAAUCCAUUUUACCUUCCGGGAUCGUGACAUGAUGUCAUGGACAAUUUAAAAGACCAGUAAAUAACCGCCCUGAUGAUCAGUGAUGGGAUGACUGCUGUUGUCUUGUACUGGACAUAACAGAUUUAAGCAUGUACAUGAUAUGAAUAUCUGCAUUGUAUAUUUUUUUCUGUUCUGUGAAUAAGUGCUGGCACUUUGUGGUGUUUCAUUCUGUACUGUAUGAAUUACUGUAUGAAUUAUAUAAACUAAUUAUUUAUACAGCUCAUGGCAGUUUCUAAUGAAAGCACAGUUGAGGUUGUGUCCAUACAUCAACAAAUGUUUAAUCUUGUGCUAAAUGAGAAAACUAUAACAAAAUAUGUUGUUGCAAUGUUAAUGCCUUUGUUUUUUAUAUAUGUGAAUGGUGUAAUGCUCUUUGCUCUUGGGAGUAAGCGUGUUUUUAAAGAGUCUCCACGCUACAUUCUUUUUGCUCACAUGCUUUUUACUGACUCUGUUCAUCUGCUUUUCUCAUCUAUGCUGUAUUGUUUUGCUCUGGUCUUACUUAAGGUAAUCAUGGCUGGCUGUGCCUUUAUAGUUUUCGUUUCAGGAACAACUUUCUUUAUCGCACCUUUAAACUUGGCUGUGAUGUCCUUAGAACGUUAUGUGGCCAUAUGCUUUCCUUUAAGACACGCAAAAAUAGCCACUCAGAAAAGGACUUACCUUGCUAUCAUAUUAAUCUGGUGUAUUAGCUCUAUAAAUGUCGUGUUUGACGUGUUAUUUGGAGUAGUAAUGGAUCGUCACUUUCUAACCUCACAAGUAUUUUGCACAAGGGAGAGGAUCUUUAUAAAACCGUGGCAACUCGAUGUAUACUAUGGCUUUAACACGUUUUACUUUGUGUCAGUGACGCUGAUCAUCGUCUUCACCUACAUCUGUAUUAUGAUCACAGCCAGGUCUGUGUCCUCCAAUAAAGGCUCUGCUACGAAAGCUUACAGGACUGUGCUGCUGCACUUCAUUCAGCUAUGCCUGGGUCUCACUGCGUUUCUGUACAGCAUCAUAGAGCGAGCUGCGGCCAUGCUGGGGAGCACCACUCUCUUCCUGGAUCUGCGCUACUUGAACUAUUUGUUUAUCCUGGUUCUGCCCCGCUGCCUGAGCCCACUCGCCUAUGGGCUGAGAGACGAAGCCUUGAGACCCUUGUUCAUUUACUACUUCUACUAUGGCAAAGGCAAAAUCAGGCCAGCUGUCAAUGUACACUGA